UGUUUCAAGAUCGAGUGAAUGAGCGUGGAGCCUUUCUUUCUUUAUGCGAAUUUAAAUUUGAAUUUGAAUUUGAACUGUUCGUCCGUCCGACUGCCCCACUAACAAAUCUCUCCCUUUUGGAAUCGCUAGUCAUCCCACCAAGAUCUCUGAGCCUGCGCCUAGAUUUGUUGUCGUUUUCGGGAUAAUCAUGUCGACGGCGCCACCAGCGAUGGGGAGAGAGCUGUCGAAUCCUCCCACGGACGGGAUUUCCAACCUCCGUUUCUCCAACCACAGUGACCAUCUUCUCGUCUCCUCUUGGGACAAGAGCGUUCGAUUGUACGAUGCUAGUGCCAAUGCGCUUAGGGGAGAGUUCAUGCACGGAGGGCCUGUGCUUGACUGUUGCUUUCACGAUGACACCUCCGGUUUUAGUGCUUCUGCCGAUCACACUGUUAGAAGGCUUGUGUUCAACUACAAUAGGGAGGAUAUUUUAGGGAGGCACGAUGCACCCGUUCGUUGUGUUGAGUACUCUUAUGCAACUGGGCAAGUUAUCACUGGUAGUUGGGAUAAAACGUUGAAGUGCUGGGACCCCAGAGGUGCAAGUGGUCAAGAGCGCUCUUUAGUUGGAACUUACACCCAACCCGAGCGUGUCUACUCAUUGUCUCUUGUUGGAAAUCGUUUGGUGGUUGCUACUGCUGGAAGACAUGUAAAUGUGUAUGACCUGCGAAACAUGUCUCAACCUGAACAAAGGAGGGAGUCUUCUUUGAAAUACCAAACACGUUGUGUCCAAUGUUAUCCUAAUGGCACAGGUUAUGCGCUUAGUUCUGUUGAAGGUCGUGUUGCAAUGGAGUUCUUUGAUCUCUCAGAGUCUGGCCAAUCUAAAAAGUACGCAUUUAAAUGCCAUCGGAAGUCAGAAGAUGGAAGGGACAUUGUCUACCCUGUAAAUGCCAUUGCCUUUCACCCAAUAUAUGGAACUUUUGCCACUGGAGGUUGCGACGGUUUUGUUAAUGUGUGGGAUGGAAACAAUAAGAAGAGGCUGUAUCAGUAUGCGAAAUACCCGACAAGUAUUGCAGCAUUGUCAUUCAGCAGAGACGGCAGACUUUUGGCUGUGGCAUCGAGCUAUACAUAUGAAGAGGGAGAUAAACCGCAUCAUCCGGAUGCCAUAUUCGUGCGCAGCGUGAACGAAGUGGAGGUUAAGCCCAAGCCCAGAGCACCAAAUCCUGCUUCUUGAUCUUCAUCUUGAUCUUGAUCUCGACAUUCCAUGCCUUUGUCUGGUUCCUUCUGGUGUGGUGUAACCAUCCAUAUACAUAUACAAAAUAUUAGGAUUUCAAAUAUGGCUUGAUUAUCAUCAUUUUCUCCUAUGAUUAUAUAUAGUGAGUGCCACAAUCAUCUCUC